GGAAACAGCCAAGGAAAAAGGGAAAAUAAGUGUAAAAAUGCUGUUAAAAGGCGUGCAACUGUUGCGCAGCGGGCUGGCCGCUCCGCCAAAGUGCUACAAUUUUCGUCUGGUCUGCCGUGCACUGUCCGUGCAAUAUGGGGAUGCCAAGACGUUGACGCCCGCUGUCCGGGACUAUGUGGAUAAGUGCGUGAAUCUGUGCCAGCCGGAACGUGUGCACAUCUGCGAUGGCAGCCCGGCGGAGAGCAAGCUGCUGCAGGGUCUGAUGCUCAAGCAGGGCACAAUUCUGCCGCUGCUCAAGUACGAGAACUGCUGGCUGGCGCGCACUAAUCCCGCCGAUGUGGCACGCGUCGAGUCCAAGACGUUUAUUAGCACCGACCGCAAGGAGCAGACGGUGCCGGUGACGCCCAAUGCCACACCGGGCACGCUGGGUAACUGGAUAUCAGAGACGGAUCUGCAGGCAGCCAUCGCAGAGCGUUUCCCUGGCUGUAUGAAGGGUCGCACUAUGUACGUGAUACCCUUUAGCAUGGGACCGGUGGGCUCGCCACUCUCCAAAAUAGGCAUUGAGAUCACCGAUUCGCCCUAUGUGGUCGAGUCCAUGAAGAUAAUGACGCGCGCCGGAGCCCCAGUGCUGCAGGUGCUGCAGCAGGGCGAUGGCCAGUUCGUCAAGUGCCUCCACUCGGUGGGCACACCGGCUAGUGGUGUGCAGGCUCAGGCCUCCUGGCCGUGCGAUCCCGAACGCACCAUCAUUCUGCACAAGCCGGCCGAGAACGAGAUCGUCUCCUAUGGCUCCGGCUAUGGCGGCAACUCGCUGCUGGGCAAGAAGUGCUUCGCUCUGCGCAUUGGCAGCACCAUUGCCAAGCGGGAGGGCUGGCUGGCCGAGCACAUGCUCAUCCUGGGCAUCACUAAUCCGCAGGGCAAGAAGAUUUACGUGGCUGCCGCCUUUCCCUCGGCCUGCGGCAAGACCAAUCUCGCCAUGAUGACGCCCACUUUGCCGGGCUACAAGGUGGAGUGCGUGGGCGACGACAUCGCCUGGAUGAAGUUCGAUGCACAGGGCGUGCUGCGUGCUAUUAAUCCCGAGAAUGGCUUCUUUGGUGUAGCGCCUGGCACCUCGCGUGCCACUAAUCCCAUUGCCAUGGACACCAUCUUCCGUAAUACGGUCUUUACCAAUGUCGCCUCCACUUCGGAUGGCGGCGUCUACUGGGAGGGCAUGGAAGAGGCUCAAUUGGCGAAUGUUACUGUCACCGACUGGCUGGGCAAGCUCUGGUCAAGGGAAUCGGGCAAGCCUGCCGCACAUCCCAACUCCCGAUUUUGCACGCCCGCCGCCCAAUGCCCCAUCAUUGAUCCCGCCUGGGAGGACAGCGCUGGCGUGCCCAUCUCAGCUAUACUUUUCGGUGGACGACGUCCAGCGGGCGUUCCUCUAGUCUAUGAGGCUCGCGACUGGGCACAUGGCGUCUUUAUAGGCGCCUCAAUGCGCAGCGAGGCCACCGCCGCGGCGGAGCACAAGGCCAAGGUUAUCAUGCACGAUCCCUUCGCAAUGCGUCCCUUCUUUGGCUACAAUUUUGGCGACUACCUCGCCCAUUGGCUGAGCAUGGAGAAGCGCGGCCAGGUGCCCAAGAUCUUCCAUGUCAACUGGUUCCGCAAAAGUGACGAAGGCAAGUUCCUGUGGCCUGGAUUUGGCGACAAUUCGCGCGUGCUGGACUGGAUUUUCCGUCGCGUGCAGGGCGAGAAUUGUUUUGAGGAAUCGCCAAUUGGUCGCCUGCCCAGUCAGGGCGCUCUAAAUGUUGCCGGCCUGGCGGGCAAUGUGGAUCUCAAGCAGCUGUUCGAGCUGCCGAAGGUGUUUUGGCAGCAGGAAGCCAAGGAAAUCGAGCAGUACUUUGACGCACAAGUGGGCGGUCACUUGCCACGCCCUGUGGCGCAGCAGCUGGCCGAACUGAAGAAGCGCGUGGCCAGCAUGUGAUGUGUUGUUGCUCCAUUUUGGGUUCCAUAGGUUAUUGGUAAU